AUGAAGAUUCAGCAGAGCGAGCCUGCACAGCAUGAUUCAAGCAUGGUGCAGCGGAUGCGAAAGUUCUGGAAGCAGGACCACCUAUGCGACGUCACCCUGAAGAGUCGCGAGGGCAGCGAGCAUCGCUGUCAUAGAGUCUGGCUUGCGGCAGCGAGUAAAUCGUUGGAAGCCUUGCUUUGCGGACCCUUCCAAGAACUGGACCACAUAAGCCAGGGCAAGCCUAUCGAGUUUGCUGCCUCUGCCGGCGUGGUCACUGCACUGCUGGACCACAUCUACGGCGGCGAGCCGGAAAUCACGACUGAGGAAGCGAUGGAACUGUUGAGACUCGCUGGUGCCUAUGAGCUGUCCAACUUGUCAUCAUGCAUAGAAGCGUGCCUGUGCAAUGUGAUGGAUGGUGUCACAGCUUUGAGACUCCUGAAGCAGCUGCCCUCUUUGGUGCUCCCCGCUGUGGUGGAGGCAUGUGAGGUACACAUAGCUCAGGAUUUCUCGAGAUUCGCAACGCAUGCAGAUUUUGUUCAUUUGACCGCGCUACAGGUGGCACAAAUUCUGCAACGAGAAGACCUGCAUGUGAACAGAGAAGAAGCUGUUUUGCAGGGUCUUGUGUGCUGGAUGAAUGCAUCAAAAGACGAUCGUAAGGGUGGGUACAAGGUGUCGCCGGCAGUUGACAGUGCCAAGUUUAGUUGGCAUUCUGGUGCCUUCCUGCUCGUUGACGAGUCUAGGCACCAAGUCCUCCGUGGCAAGCCUGGCGAACAUGUGUUUCAAGCAAUUGCUGGCAGGGCUGUUCCUGUGGAUGGAGCCAAUGACCUUGAACGAAAGCUACAUGCAGUUGCCGUUUCACCUCAGGGCGUAGUUUUUGUUGCAGAAUGCGAUGGGUCCGAGCGACGCUUGUUUCGCUUUGAGGGCUUGUCUGGCGAGGUCUUGCUGCAGACUCCAGGUUUGCUAGACGUAUGCUGUUCGCCAAAUGGCAUAGUUUAUGUCUUGGAUGAUGACGGAAGGCGCGUGCAGCAGCUCGAGGGCUCAAGCUUGAAGCAAGUGGUGGCUGCGAAAGACGAUUCCAAAGACGAGGGUUUUGAUGCGCAUUAUAUGUAUGUAUCUGAGCAGGAAGUCAUUUACCUAACCGACUUUUGGAGCAGCCGUGUAUUGAAGAUAAGUCCAGGUAGCUCACGACCUGCUGUCAUAGCAGAUUUGAGCACAGACCCUGUCGACGAGACUUGCUUGGGAGGCUUGUGUGUGACUGAGGAUGAGACUGUUUAUGUAGCUGAUUCAGCGACCAACCAAGUGUAUGUGGUGAAUUCGGGCGACACAGCAGGCUCGACAUUAGACCUGGACUAUGCAGAUGAUGGUCCGGCCGUGGAUGUGCAAGUUUAUGAAGGAUCACUUUACGUUUUGCACAGUUCUCGCUUUGGGGUUGAAGCGCCGGAAAAUCCUUCGGGUGGCGUGUACCGCUACAUACUUCCUGCGCGACUGGAUUUCGAUUCCGA